CUCUGCAAAUAGAUUCUAGUGAUUUUUAAGGUGAAAACUGACAAAAAGCCCAGAAUAAAGGAACAUCAAGCCCACUUUACACCGACUUUGUCCAACAACUGACCAGUGGGACGAUGGAUGCUAACCCUCUGCUGCUCAAUUCAUCAGAUCAUCCAGGUCUGAUUCAGUUUCAUAUUUCUGAGGAAAUGCUUCCCAUAUGAACCCAGGGACACAUUGGCAUACAGCUCAAAAGCUCAGCAUCAUAAACUCAACACGCUGAAAUGUCAGAGGUCAAUAGAUUUACCCCAGAACUGAUUCAUCUGUGACUGUAGAAAGGACUUCAUCCGGAACUUACGUUGUUUUCUUGGCAGGAAUGUGGUUCAAGUUGUUGUUGUUCGAGUUGUUGUUGUUCCUGACCCACAGUCUGCACUGUUUUCCCCAGGAUCCUCUGGCGGGUCGGUCUAUUUUCUCAGGGAAUCUGUUCCAGUACCUGGAGGAGAACAGGAAGUGGAGGAGCCGCUUUGUGUCGGUGCCAAACAGCUACACCAUAAACCUGUACGAGAACAAGACAGCACAGGAACGUGGUCUUCACCCUAAGGUGUCCAUCAACUGUGCUGGGUACAGGGCCCUCACGUCCCUAGAGGACUACAUGGAGCUGAUGAACACCAGUCUGCCAGGUGAAGACCAGA